GUUCCGUAAUAACUCGGGAUUCUACUUCGCACCGUCACAAAAGUAAAAUGGAAUCAAUUAAGCUUGAGGUUAUAAAUCACUAUUUCCUUUCAUGUCUUGCUUGUAUGUAUCCUUUAGUAUUAUAACGUAUUAUAGCCCCUGCACGUGCGCCUAAGGGAUUUCGCUCGACGAUCAGAAGAGGAGACGGAGAUUCCAAAUCACUGGCCUCUACAACCCCUGGAAUAGCCAAUAGCCCCACGUCUGCUUAUGCUUACCUGCCUAUGUACAAUACUUGUUCGGUUUGUAGCCGCACCACCGCCCAUAACGAUAACGGCGAAAUCCCUUCUGUCUACCCGUCCCGUGCGUACCACCGUCCGGGGUAACGUAGGUAACUAGGAAACAUGGCCGGCUCAUCGUUGGAAGGGGAGGAGACGGGGAGCAUUACGGCGGAAGACAGUCGCAGUACCAAAAGUGGCAGUGGCAGAUCGAGACCCUCGUUUACCGACUAUUGGAAACGCACCAAGCAGGCGGCGAGACGUAUUACCUUCGUCUCGAGUAACCCGGAACAAAGCACAGGGCCUACUAGGAAGACCGAUUCGAAUCAGGAGGAAGAUAACGACGAUGGGCAGGAGGGCCACCAGAGCCAGAGCGCGCAGGCCAAGGCGCUAGCUCGCCGGCAGCAGGUCCGCAAGGCGCAGAAGCAGCAUCGCCAGAGAAAGGUCAACUACACCAAUCAGCUCGAGAUGGACGUCGCUAAGCUGCGCGACUUGAUAGAGCACACGGAGCGGGAGAGUCUCGCCAUCAGGAACGAGAACGAGACUAUUCGCCGCCGUCUCCUUAGAAAUACAGCUCCGGCCCCGGCUGCGCAGGUUGGUCUGAUGCCGCUGGCGUUGACGUACGGGUCUUCGAUAUCUUCUCUGCCGGAGUACACGGUCAGUCUUAUCAACUCGUCCGAGGCCCUGGACAAACCCAUGUUCCAAGUCCAGCGGGUGUCGGCGCAAUCAUCAUCGUGGUCUUCGCUCGGCGGGUUCGCAAACGAGCAGACGGCUUCUGGUGCGGCCGGCGGGUUUGAAGAUGCCGCCGGAAUAAGAGGGAGGAGGUUAUUAAUAACACAGACGGAGACUGAUCAGGCAAUCAACUUUAUCCUAGAACUCGAACGCAUCUGCUGGAACCACUUCCACCCCUCGAUGUACAACCACAACGACUACGAUCCGGAAGCACGUGAGCACGGACACUCGCUCAUGGUCAGCACGAUGGCACUGCGCAGCGCACCGCCGGAAGCCUGGGCGCAAAUCAGCGCGGAAGAGGCUCGGCAGGCCUCACUCCCCUCCCACUCCCACUCCCACUCUGCACCUCCUCCCUCCCUACCCUUAGACACUCACACCCACACCCACACCCACUCUUCCUCAUCUCACGCCUCCCCCCAUCCCCAUCCCCAUCCCAAUCCCCAUCCUCACACCCACCCCCACAGCCUCACCAACGUAAUAACAUCCUGGCCCACCCCCACCCCCACCUCCCCCUCCACCUCCACCUCCACCGCGGCCCUCCUCACCCUCGAGAACCUGCGCGGCCUAGCCGCCGCCCUAAACCCCAACCCCGAAGAAUCCGCCGAGCUAGCCCCCGUGCAAGCCUGGUUCGAGAUAGCGCGGCUAUACGGCGGCAUCGCGGCCCUCCUCCGCGACGCCCCGCGCCUGGAGCGUCUGCGCGUCGAGAUGGCCGCCGUCGUCGACUGCAUACACUACGGCGCCGUCAUACGGCGUGCCGACUUCGAGAGCACGCUUGAGAGGGUCAUGGGGCCUCCUGUUGUUGGAGGGGGUGCGGGUGCGGUGCCGGCUGGGUAGGUAUUUGGAAGAAAAUUGGAUUUGAUAUUUUGAUAUGUACGUUAGGUAUUUACCUACUUAUGGCCCUGGAUGAACGGGGGAGAGGAGAUAGGAAGGAAGUAAAGGGUACAAAAUGAAAUCUGUUUACGGCAUAGGGGGGCAGGGAACGAGAUUUACGUGUAUAUACAUACGACUGGAAGCAAAGCAAAGCAAAGCAAAGCAAAGAAAAGGAGUCUUCUUAAACUAUUCUACAUUAUAAAAAUUAAUCAAC